CACGUCAGUUGUCAGCUGUCAAUUUAAGCAGAAUUUUCUAUCGUUUGUACAACUAGAAAAGUUAAACGUAAAAGCAAACAAAUCUUAUUAUUCGAUUUUAGUUUAUAAUAAACCAAAGAUAGUACUUUAAUUCCAAUUUUUGUUGUUUCUUCUACCAGUGCAGCUCUUUCUCCUGACACAUUGCGUGGCACCGCAUUGAAAUCAUCGUAUUUAUCAAAACUUUUGCGCUAACGCUUCAGAGUAACAGCUUUUACAAAAAAAUGCUAUCACCAACGAUAAAAUGUAGAUAUGUCAUUGCUUAUUUGGCACUUAUGCUCUGUAUUGCGUGCCGUACAGGAGAGGCGGUGGAAUUUACAUUUGAUUUAGCGGACAAUUCUGAAGAUUGCUUCUUCGAAGAGGUGCGUCGCAAUACCACCUGUUAUCUUGAGUUUCAAGUAUCUGCUGGAGGUCAGUUGGAUGUCGAUGUAACUUUGACAAAUCCUCAUGGCAAAGUAGUAUACGAGCAACAGCGUGCGACGUUCGAUAGUCAUCAGUUUACCGCUGAUGCAACUGGUGUCUACAAAGUCUGUUUCAGCAAUCAAUUUUCAUCAUUUUCACAUAAAAUUGUGUAUGUUGACUUCCAAGUGGGAGACGAGCCAGCAUUGCCUGGUAUUGAUGAACAUGCCACUGUCCUUACUCAAAUGGAAACAUCCUCACAGUCGAUACACAAAAGCCUCAAUGAUAUACUUGAUGCUCAAACACAUCAUCGUUUAAGUGAAUCGAAGGGACGCAAAAGGGCGGAAGAUUUAAAUGAAGCUGUGAUGAUGUGGUCCGGCCUUGAGACGUGUAUUGUUUUAGUCAUUGGCUUUGGUCAAAUUUUAAUUCUGCGUAACUUUUUCUCAAACCGCAAGACAGGUGAAGUUCGUUAUAAUCAGUUACGGUAGAGAACUUAAUAAUGAAUCUCUAGAAACGAAGAAAGGACGAUUCGAACGAUAUGCAUAAAUAAUAGUAGAAAGAGAUAACAGAUGAAGAAUUGAUUAUCAAAAUGAAUUAAAGUUUUGCUUACGCUUAUAAGUUUGAUUUACUACUUUCAAUAUAAACAUAGAUAAUUAUCUAAUACAGUA